AUGACUUCGACUAUUGUGCUGUUUUCCGUGCUUUUGUUACUAUCCCAGAAUAUCCGCGGAUGGCAUAUCGCGUUUCCGAACAACAGUGAGAUCGACAGCAAUGAACUUCGCGAAACCACGCUUCAGUCGGCUUUUAUAUUUCCAGGAACAAAAUGGUGCGGCAGUGGUAAUAUAGCGGAUGGCCCGAACGAUUUGGGAGUAUUUGCGAUGACUGAUGCAUGUUGUCGCGACCAUGAUAAUUGCAAAGAUAUAAUCGAACCAUUACAGACUAAGCAUGGCUUGACCAAUACUGCUUUUUACACGAGGCUAGACUGUUCGUGCGACGAGAGGUUCUACGAUUGUCUCCACAGCUCGGAGGAACUCGUUAGCGCAAAGGUUGGCUUCCUCUACUUCAGCGUGUUAGACACGAAGUGCUUCCGCGAAGACUAUCCCAUCGUUGGCUGCAACCGGCAUUCACUACUGGAGACUUGCGGUUUAAUCAUGUUGUUUCUUUUUGUUUUUCUAGACGUGGCGGCAUCAGUGGAGGUUCACUUUGAGAAUAAAGACGGUGGAUUCUUUCUAAAGCACAUACCGCGGCAAUAUUAUCCGGCCCGCGGUACGUCGGACACCAUCCCGCCGCUCUCGACAAGUGUAUCGAAUAACAACAACAAUAAUGCGGGAAGCGCGGUACCGUCGCCGCCGCCUGGCUCUAUCCUCUCGAUCGACAAGUUUACCGUCUUCCAGACGAGCGAGCCGGUAUCGGUGCGAGCCACGUACGGUCCUUUCAGCACCAAACAGACCGUACCGGCGCGUUACAUCGUCCCCGAUCCAUUGGACGCGCUGCCAGGACCAGAGACACGACGCAAUCUCACAGCAGCAACGAUCCUUGACGCGCAGGAACUCGGCACUCGUCAUCUGGAUAUGUCAGCUCACCUGGUGGGCAACAGCGUGCCGCGCGAUUCGCCCGUGCUCAGGGUGCUCUUCCAUGCCGGUAGCGAGGCCGGGGGUAGACGUCAGCUGCUGAUGGCGCGGCAUCAGCGAGUCUGUGUGGUGUUGCACGCCAGCCUGGCCAGUCCAUCACGGGGCAAUGCAGCAAGUAGGAGCAAUGGACAUGGUUACUCUUCUUCCUCUUCGUCCUCUUCGUCAUCCGCGCUCACGGCCGCCUGCAGCCCCGAUGGCGAGAACGGCGUAUGCCUCGCGCAGAUCACCAUCCCGGCCGAUUGGUGGGCACCGUUACCGCCGCCCGAUGCUUCCGGUCGUGUCAAGGUCGCCAAAAGUCUGCCGCGAUUGAUUCAGGUUGCCUACUCCGUGCUGGAACCGCGUACGGAGGAAGGAGGACUUGGUGCCGGCAACGGUGCGGGUUUCUGUAGACCUCGGGUACAAAUACAGCCGGUUACCCCUCUAGGCCAAGUACCGCUCGCGCCCAACAAGGCGGAUUACAAGGAACUUAGGGCGGAUGAUUCGUUGACGUUGUUGGUGCCGCACGGACCGCUCUAUCCGAGAUCCAGGCUGCACAUCCCGGCCUUCCUGCAUCCCGUUAAGGUGACGGAUCCGCGGCAGGAGCGACCGCCGUUGAUCGUCACGGUUUAUUUAAGAGCGCGAGUAAAGUCGGGCGUGAAAAUCCUGGAUGCUUCAUCUAGCAGCCCGGACUGGAUUGUCGUUAGCGAUGUCAAUGUGAAGAACACAGCCGCCACGUUCACAGCGCGACGUAAGGAGAACUCGUCGCGUGUAUCGAGCACGUCCGCAGAAGAAAUAAUGACGAUGCUGUUGGAAGCUAGCGAGGAAGGCAUAGGCGGAAGCUGGGACGGCGGUAGAAUUGUAUGGAGCGUGCGUUAUGCGCUCGAGGGCGAGGAGGAGAACGGCUCGCAGUUGACGGGCGUCGAUCAGCAGCAACGAAUGCAGCAACGCCAGCUGCAGCAUCAUCAUCAUCAUCACGUCGAGAGACGGAAACUGCAGGCACGGCUAGAGAUACAGAAGGAUGAUAUACAGGCGGUGCUUCCGAUCUCUAAGAAUUGGGAGGUGAUGAAUACAGCGGUGUUGACGGGACGUCAGGUGUCGCAGGGAAUGAAGGUUUUCAUUGUGAGCCAAGCCGGCACGGUUGCCGAUGUUACGCUGCAGUCAUCCUGUCAUUCCGAGGACGAAAGUGUCCUCAAGGUAUCAUCCUCGUGCAGUAGCGUGUAUGUGGAUGGUUCGGAGAUUCGAGGUUCCAGUAACGCAUCGGUCCUCGUCAAAUACGGCACGUAUACUGGUUUAGCAAGAUUCACCGUGUGGAUGCCUGAAUUUCCAUUGGAAGUGAGCGUCGCUGACACACGGUUGAAUCAAAUAAAGGGUUGGAAGGUGCCGGAGGAGCAUGUAGCGAGUGCGAAGAGCAAGCGAAGUUUACUGAAUGCAACGCGGAUCGAAGAGAAGACGGAAGUUGCUUCGACGCCGAUAAUGCCAUUAGAAAUACCGCCGGUGACCGCACGAGCGAAGAAGAGAAGCGCCGUUGAUCUGGAAGAGUCGAUAGAGGACACGUCUAUGGACGUGGACGAUCCGGACGACCUGCUCGAAGAGGAUGAGCACGAGGAACAAUUCCGAUCUAAUGGAAAUGAUCACGGAUGGGAUACAAUCAACUCUAUCGAUCGGAAUCUAUCUCCGGCUAAUUGCAGAUUACGUUUCCAACAAAGUCCGGUUGAGGUGCACGCUCGAUUCUUAGCGACUGAUCACGACUCGGGCAGAGUCUCGUAUUUUGUCAAUCGGCGCACCUGGUUGCGCGUCACUGAUCUCGUAGCCGGCAUGCUGCGUGUCUCCGAUCCUAGAAUAGCGACGCUUCUUCAGGGUAGGUUGGUCCAGGGACGCGGAGUAGGUCGCACGGAGGUGCAGGUACUGUCACCGAUCACCGGUAGAGUCAUCGGCGCGAAGGAAAUCAGAGUUGGCAAUGAUCGCGUGUCUGUGACACAUCUGUCUGUCCGGGUGGUAUCUGGACUUCAACUCAGUAUCAGCCCAGAUACUGCGAUCGAGAACGGAUACGUUGCUGAAACGUCGGUUACGAGAAGACUGACCGCCCAAUAUCAGGAAGGACUGCUGGACAUUGAUGUGGAGUUCUCGGACAAUACCCGUACACCCCUUAGGGAAAUUGCUGUGAGUGAUUACCAUUUACUGGUGGAGAGUCUGGAUCCGGAAGUUGUGGCGUUUGCACCAAUGGUCGCUUCUCAUCAUCCACGAGUAAUCGCGGUCGGUGAAGGCCGCGGUGACUUGCUGCGUGUCAGUUUACAGCUAGCCGAUUCCUGUCGAUUAUCCGGCAGACGUUCAAGCAAGGGUUCUCAGAGAACGACGGCCGCUGCAUUGGCAAGUGCGUCGGCUAACGUCGAAGUGGAUUUCGCUUCGAGCGAGGUACCCAAUCGGCCGGAAUUCGUGCAAAACGACGGCGGUGGCACUGUUGGCUCUCAUCAUCAUAGAGAACGUAAAACUGGACGUGGCGAAAUAGCUUCCGAUCUACAUGACAUCCUCAUCGGAUUACCGCUGAAAGACGAGAAAGACGGGCACGAGCACGAGCCUUUGGUGCAGGCACGACAGCAUCGCACGGCUAUAGCUAAUGGCAUGUCUUCAGGAGGUCUGGGCGGCAUCGGUGUCGGCGUGCGUCACCACGGCGUCGGAGCACGGAUGAGCCCGCUCGAGAUCGGGAUGUACGUGUUGCUCGCGGCGUUCUGCUUCGCCAUCGUUGUCUUUGUCGUCUCCUGCGUGGUGUACGCCAGCAAGUUCAAGCCUCAGCCACCGGACUCCCCGCUGACCGGCGCGGCCGUCCCGGUGCUUUCUGGCGCGGGUGCGAGGGCUCGCGCUGCCGCAAACCAGCUGGCAUCUGGCAGACGACCGCCACGCGAAUCGACCACCAACGCACACGAUUGGGUAUGGCUAGGUAGAGCGACUCUCGAACGAGCUGCCUGCGGUCCGCAACAGGUACGCGUAACGAGUAAUCCGCUGGCCGGCGAAGGGGAACCUGAAGCUGAAUUGGGUACAUGCUUCGACAAUCCGAACCACAUCGAGCUACCGUCUGCCAAUCAGCGGCCUAGCGGCGGUACCAGUGCUAUCGACACCACCACUUAUUCCAAACGGGACAGAGUAGCGCGAAACAGUUUCGCAGCAAAAUCCGCGAUCAAACCAUCCGCGGUGAUACCGCCUACAACGGCUACAACAGCGACGACAGCGGUGUCGAUUGUGGUUCCGACUACCGCGCGAAACGAUAACGACGAUAUUCCUCCGCCCUUGCCACCACACGGAGUGCCAAUCACAAACUCGACAUCAACAACGACAACUACGGCGACUACGACGGUUGGUACAAACAACGCAAGCAAUGGCAAUAACGAAGACUACAAGCCACCGGUACCGCCGCACAGGAACACAGGGGUGGGCGUACGAUUACCGGAGCCGCCUGCGCCACGGAAGCAUCGCCAUAGGGCGUCUAGCGGUGGCAGCAGCGGCCAUCACGGAAAUAAUCAUCGGCACAAUAGUAAAGCACUGCAGCAUCAGUCAAAUCAUAUAGUCAAGUCGCAUGGGAAAACUAAAGUAGACAACGCAAAUAAGAAAAACGGUGAGGACGAGGAAUUCGUGGAGUUGGUGAAUCACGACGAUAACAAUAGACACCUCACAAAGGAUGCUGGGAGAUCACGGGAAAUUAAGAGGGCGACCAUAGUUGGUAAUCCGAUGUACUCGUCAUUUUCCACUUCCGCCGUGGUAUCAUCCACCGUUGUCUCUACCGUAAACUCAUCUACCCCUACUGGCGGUGCGUCUUCGUCUACCACAACAUCUCCGCCAUCUUCGUCACCGUCCGCAUCUUCCUCCUCAUCCUCUUCUAGCUCCUCUUGCGCCUCAUCCUCCUCCCAGGAGCAAGAAGAAUCGGUAGCUCUCGAUGACCUCAAUCUGGGUAUGGACUACAAUCAGAUCAUGCAGUACUUCGACAAUCUAAAAGAGUCGAAUGCCUAGGUGAGGCCGUUCGACCUUUCUAAAGGUCGAGUAGUAGUCAACGUCGAUACGGAAC